AUGGCUUCGUCAUCCACCGGCGGCGCCCCAUCGAUAUCGGCGUCGUCGCCCCCCGCCAUUGUCUGCGUUGGCAUGGCUGGCUCGGGCAAGACGACCUUUAUGCAGAGAAUCAACGCCCAUCUUCACUCAAAAAACACGCCCCCCUAUGUCAUCAAUCUCGAUCCCGCGGUUCUCAACGUUCCCUUCGAAAGCAACAUCGACAUUCGGGACUCGGUCAACUAUGAAGAGGUCAUGAAGCAGUACAACCUGGGACCCAACGGAGGAAUUCUAACGUCGCUCAACCUCUUCGCUACAAAGGUCGACCAGAUUGUCAAUCUGCUGGAGAAGCGCUCAAAGCCCGACCCCGAACACCCCGAACGCAAGCCCAUCGACCGAAUCCUGGUUGACACGCCCGGUCAAAUCGAAGCUUUUGUAUGGUCCGCCUCGGGAACUAUUUUGUUGGAAUCUCUUGCAUCAUCAUUCCCUACCGUUAUCGCCUACAUCAUUGAUACACCGCGAACUGCCUCAACAUCGACGUUCAUGUCCAACAUGCUCUAUGCCUGUUCCAUUCUCUACAAGACGAAGCUACCCAUGAUCCUCGUCUUCAACAAGACCGACGUCAAAGACGCUUCAUUCGCAAAGGAGUGGAUGACGGAUUUCGAAGCAUUCCAAGAAGCUCUGCGCCGCGAUGAGAAUUCCGACACAUUCGGAGGCCAGGAAGGCUUUGGAAGUGGUGGAAGCGGCUACAUGGGCAGCCUACUCAACUCCAUGAGUUUGGUGCUGGAGGAAUUCUACUCGCAUCUCAGCAUGGUGGGCGUCAGCUCGCGAGUGGGAACGGGUAUCGACGAGUUCUUCGAGGCCGUUGAGGAAAAGAGAAAGGAGUUUUUGGACGAUUAUCUGCCGGAGCUAGAGCGACGAAGGGAAGAGAGGGAAGAGCGGAAGAAGAAGACCCGUGAACAAGAGUUGGAUAAGAUGAUGCAGGGCAUGUCGGGCAUGUCGGUUGAGGCCAACAACGUGACCGAGAAGGGACCUAUCAGGGUCACCAACGAUGACGACGACGUGGAUGUCCCAAGCGACAACGACGACGAUGACGACGAGGACGACGAAACAACCAAGGAGGGUCUACAGGCCAGAUAUGCCGCCGCCAUGGAAGGCAAGGACGAAGGCAUCUUGGGCGACGCGAGCUUUGCGAAAUACCUGCACAUGCAGCGGUAA